CGCCUCUCCUUGAGAUUGAGAGGCGAGAUUGGUGCACGCCAGCAAGUGUCAGGUCCCGACACCGCCAUCCGGACUCGCCCUGUUUCCUGGCUAGUCUCGUUGCCCGCUGUGCCAGCCCCAUCGAAGCCAUCCCUGCAGCCUGGGUACCACCCACACGCUGCAGAAGCCGUCUAGUCGCCCCACGGCGAUUUUAUGAGCACAGAGCACCCGGAGAGCACACAACCAACAGCUGACACUCAAGAACGCGGCGUGCAGGCACAUCAGAGCGGGCAGCAGCAUGGAGCAGGCAGCAGCAGCAGCGCGGCCCUUCUCAACGCCGCGGCUUCGGCGUUUGUGCCGCCAGCAGCAGCAGGCCCAGCGAUCGCCGCCAGCGCAGCAGAGAGCAGCCCCGCUGGCCCAGUAGCGGCAGCGCAUGGCCGGCCUGCGCAGGGAGGCCGUGGAGGUGGCGGCGGGCGCGGCAGGGGCCGCGGCGGCAGCCUGUCCCGCGAGCUGCAGGGCGCCGGCGGCCAUGCCGGGCCCAGGCCCCGUGACCUGCAGCUCGGCUCGGGGCGCGGCAGUGGGGGCGGCGCCCGCGGCGGCGCGCGGCAGUACUUCGGCUCGGCGCCUGCCGGCAGCGGCGCCGGCCCUCGGCAGCAAGCCGGGGAAGGCGUCCUAGGGAGCAGCCCCGGCAGGCGGGGCGUCGCCGCCAACCACCUGCUGGCGUUCCAGACGCGGCGCGACAGCGAGCGGCAGGCGGCGGCGUGCGGGCGCGGCGGCGGCGGGCGCGGCGCGCGGGGCGGCGGCCCGCCUCGCCGCCCCGCCCCCAAGCCGCAGCCCUACGAUCGCAACAAGUUUCUGCAGGCAAACUUCCGAUUCCUCGUGUCGGAUGCGUUGGAUGUGCGGCGGUUUGAGGCCGACCCAGACCUGAUGCUGGAGUGGGAGGAUGUGGCGCAGGUGGAGAUGCUGAGCGCGGCGCCGGUGCGGUGCCCCAUCACGCUUGAGGAGCGCCCCUUCUGCCCCCAGAUCACGCCCUGCGGCCACGUGUUCUCCUUCCCAGCCAUCAUCGGGCACCUGGUGGCCCACGGCGGCCCCGAGCUGCGCAAGAGCGCGCCCUGCCCGCUGUGCUACACACAGGCAAGGGCGCCGCCCCCUGGCCCCCGGCCCUCGCUCCUGCCUACCUCGCAUGCCAGCGGCCACCGUAUCGCGGCCCGUGAGCUUCGCUUGGUGCAGGUGCAUCAGGUGGCGGCUCCGGCGGUGGGCCAGGUGGCCACCUUCCAGCUGCUGCGGCGCCCCAGGGACAGCAUCAAUCCAGAGGCCGUCGCAGCGCCAGGUCAGCGCUGCGAGCGUGCCGGGGCAGCGCCUGCUGAUGGUACCACAGCGGCGGGCAGCCCCGGCAAGGAUGAGGCGCGCCCGGUGGGAGCCCCGCCAGCGCCAGCCGAGGCGGGAGGGGGCGCCUCUGCCUGCAACCGCUUCUCCAAAUUCACUCUGGUGGGAGGCGCGGCGGCCACGGCGCUGUGGGUGGCAGAGGCGCGUCGGCUGGCGGCAUACGCAGCCCAGGUGACCGCGGAGGGCGGCGCAGAGGCGGCCUACGAGGCGCCCAACAUUUACUCGGCCAUUGAUGCGCUGGCUGCGCGCGCGCGCGCCGCCGCGGAGCGCCGCCAGCGCACGCUGCUGGAGGCGGCGGAUCCCAUGGUGCAGGACUCGCUGCUCAGUCCAGAGGAGGCGGGGCCUCCGCCUCAGAAUUCUUCUUCUACCAGUCCUCAGACGGCCAGUGGCUCUUCCUGUGCCCCCUCAACCUCCGCAUGCUGCUGGCCCACUACAGCGCCUACCCCGCCUGCCCGCCCACCCUCUCUGCGAGGGUGCUGGAGGUGGAGGAUGUGGCUCAGGACGAGGCCAGCCGGCGGCGCAUGCGCGUGCUGGCCCACCUGCCCCUCACCGCCACCUUCCAGCUGUGCGAAGUCGACCUGAGCGGGCUGCUGCCGCCAGGGGCGCUGGUGCCGUUUGCCGAUGAGCUGGCACAGCGCGAGAAGAAGCGUGCGCAGCGUGCCAAGCAGGAGGCCAGGCGCCUGAAGCAGGAGCGCGCAGCCGC